UCCGACGCGGAGGGGAGCCACGUGUGCUCCUCGCCGGUGACAGCAGCAGCAGCGAGCCAUGGGCAACUCGUCGAGCGUUGACGGCAACGUGCGGGACAGCGUGACCAGCCUGACGGGUCACGACAAGCAGGUCAUCAGGGACACGUGGCUGGGCUUCAAGAAGCAGCUGCGCACGGGCAGCGUCACCAUCUUCGUGGUGCUCUUCAUGCGCCACCCGCAGUACCAGAAGCUGUUCACGAUAUUCGCCGACGAGCCGAUCGGCGACCUGCCCAAGAACCCGCGCAUGCUGGCGCACGCGCUCACCUUCGCGUACGCCAUCACCGCCAUCGUCGACAGCUUGGAAGAGCCGGAGACCACGAAGGAGAUCGUGCGCAAGGUGGCCAUCGCGCACGCGAACCGCGGCCCCGACAUGAAGACGGCCUUCGAGCACAUGGGCACCGCGGUUGUGGACACGCUCACUGAGAAGCUAGGCACCGCCAUGACGCCUACAGCCAUAGCUGCGUGGAAGCAGCUCUUCACAUUCAUCGUUGCUCUCAGUGAGAAGACGUUCGAGGAAACCCGAAGACGCAACGACCAGGGACACCAGCCAUCGUCGUCGGCAUCCAAGGCGCCUUCCUCGUCUGCCGAAGUCUCGAAGCCCACGAGUCCAGAUUCACAGCAGCCACCAGCAGCGAAGACGUAGCACAGCAUGGCUGAGACGACGAGGGGGAGUCCAAGUGGUCCGAACUGUGUUUUACGGGUGCAGAACUGAGCGCUGUUUUCCAACGUUCAACGCGUUCCCAGUCGUUGCGCCUUACAUUGUGCCCGAUAAAUAAAGCUGGUAUACGU